AUGUCGUUCUGGAGGCUGCUUCAGGAUCCUUGCUUCACGCAUUGCGAGUCGAAGACGGGAGCUUUUUGGCCGUUCGUGGACGGCGAGUGCAAACCUUUCAGGUUGCGUCUGAAGUUGCAGUACGAGAAGAUACGAGAAGGGAGCAUCAUGGAACGCCCUGGUGACACUUGCCUUUGCCAGGUUGCCCGCAGACUUCCGGCAGCAUCACUUGUGCGUUAUCCAGCUCCCUUUAGCCUCCAAACUGAGGACUCCAUCGACUGUGCAUGA